AUGCGCAACGUCGGCAUCUUUGCCCAUGUCGACCAUGGCAAGACUACGGUGGUCGAGCGCAUGCUGCUCUACACCAAUCUGGUCCGUCGGCCGGGCGAGGUCCACGACGGCAACGCUACCAUGGACUACUUGCCGCAGGAAAUGGCGCGCGGCAUCACCAUUAACGCCGCAGCCAUCACGCUUCCGUGGCGUGAACAUGAGAUCAACGUCAUCGACACGCCCGGUCACGUCGACUUUACCGCCGAGGUCGAGCGAUCGGCCCGUGUGCUUGAUGGCGCCGUCCUGGUUGUCGACGCUGUGUCCGGCGUGCAGGCACAGACACUGCGGGUGUGGGCACAGUGCGAAAAGUACGGUAUCCCCACUGUGGUCUUUGUCAACAAGAUGGAUCGCGAGGGCGCCGACUUUGGCGCCGCUGUGGCCUCGCUCCGCGAGCGGCUCGGCUCGGACGCUUCUUUCGUGCCUGUCCACGCUCCGGUCGUCUCAGGCGACAUGCAUCGCGAGUUUCGUGCCGUCCGCGACCUGGUCUCCAUGAAGGAGCUGACCUUUGGUGGUGAGUGGGGCGAGGAGGUGACUCCGGGCUGCGCCCGCGAAUCUGCGGACAUGGCCGCCGCCCGCCUCGGUCUGGUCGAUGAGCUUGUCGGACUCGACGACGCGUUUCUUGAUGCCCUCCUUGAGGCUGACAUUGACUAUGAGGCUGCGCCGUGCGCCGUAGAGCCCGAUCUUGUGCGCGACGCGCUUGCGCGCGCCACCCGAUCCCGGCGAGCAGUCCCCGUCCUCCUCGGCUCGGCGUUCAAGAACAAGGGCGUCCAACCACUGCUUGACGCCAUCGUCGACUACAUGCCGUCGCCGGUCGAUGUCGGCCCGGUCUCGGCUGUCCGUGUCUCGCGCCGUGGCGGGGGCGUCACGUCUGUGCGCAAGCACAAGCACAAGCACAAGCCUGUGGCCAAGUCCGGGGCGUCUGAUCCUGACGGUGGCGGCGUCCAAUCCGUGUCCCGCACCCCACAGGCGAGCGAGCCGCUGACGGCCCUCGCCUUUAAGGUUGCGCACAUUCCGCAGCGCGGCGCUGUUGUCUACUUUCGGGUCUACUCGGGCGUCCUCCGCUCGGCGUCGACGCUGUUCAACUCGACGCAGGGUGUCAAGGAGCGGGUCUCCAAGCUGUACAAGGUCUAUGCUGACGACAUGGAGGAAGUGAAGGAGAUCGGGCCCGGCGCGCUGGGCGCUGCGCUCGGGCUCCGCGACGCCGCCACCGGCGACACUGUGGUGGCCGGUAACGACAAGCACCCGGUCGUCCUCGCUGGCGUUUCCAUGCCGCCGCCGGUCUUCUUCUGCGCUGUCGAGCCCGAGUCGCUCGCGGUCCAGCCUGAGCUGGAGAAGGCACUCGCCCAGGUGACCCGCGAAGACCCGUCGCUCUCAGUCUCGAUCGACGAAGAGACCGGCGAGACCAUUCUCUCGGGCAUGGGCGAGCUCCAUCUCGAGUACAUCGCGACGCGGCUCCGUGACGAGCUCGGCGUCUCAUGCACCAUCUCGGAGCCGCGCGUAGCAUACAAGGAGCAUCUCUCGGUUGAUGCACACAUGGCGUACACCUUUUCGACCGGUCCGCUCUCGGCCGGCUCGCUCGCUGCUCCUGGGCCAGCCCACCAGCUCAACAUCGAGCUCGCGGUCUCGGCUGUCGGCCCUGCACUUGCGCCCGAUGCUGAUGCUGUCGAGACGUGGACAGUGGCUGACGGCGCGCUUGACGGCCUCAACCGCGAGCAGCGCGAGGCUGUCGAGACUGGCCUCGAGCUCGCGCUUCAGCGUGGCAUCGUCGCCUCGCUCCCGCUCACCGGCAACGCCGUCGAGCUGGUCGGCAUCGAGGCCGCCGACGGCGACUUUUCCGCCGUCCCGGCGGGCGUGAUUGCCGUUGGCAUUUCCAAGGCUAUGAUGGCUCUCCUCGCCGCCCAUGCCGACGCCGUCAGCGUCAUGGAGCCGCUGAUGGAGAUGGAGGUCGAUGUUGGCGAGGACUACGUCGGCCAGGUCAUUGCCGACCUCAACUCGCCGCUCCGGCGCGGCCAGGUAAGCGGCAUGCAGCCGCUGCCCGGCGGCCAGCAACGGAUCUGGGCCACCGUCCCACUUGCCUCGCUCGCCGGCUACUCGACCGCCAUCCGCUCACUGACCCAAGGCAACGGCACCUUUUCGCUUGCCUUUAAGGAGUACGGCCCGGUCCCGCCGUCGCUCGUAGCACAGGUCCUUGCGCCGUAGAGUUUGAUAAAACUUGUUCUGCUCUCACA